AUGAUGACAGCUAUGUCCUCAGCAACCAGACCCCAGGAAUCAGUGACUUUUGAGGAUGUGGCUAUGUACUUCACCCAGAAGGAAUGGGCCAGUCUGGUGCCUGUUCAAAAGGCAUUGUACAGGGAUGUGAUGCUGGAGAACUAUGAGGCCGUGGCCUUCCUAGCAUCACCUGCUUCCAAACCAGCUCUGAUCUCUCAGCUAGAGCAAGGGAAAGAGCCACGGUUCGGCCAGGCACAGGGAGGCCUAAGCAGGAGGGACAGCAGAGCAGGCCUCAUAGGAUACAUCUCAAAACUAAGAAGAUUUACCUACUUAACCAAAAUAACAUUAUCACAUACAAUAAAAUUUAAAAUUCCUCAAAAUUAUCAGUGUUGGGAAGAUAGGACAAGGGCUUAAUUACUUUACCUUUAAAUAACAAUUUUCAAAGUAAGGAUUUAAGAGUCACCUGUCAAUGCAUUUUGCUUUUCUGUAAACUCAUGAAUGUCCAUAGACUAAUGUUUUUCAACCAUUAAAAUCAUUCAUCUUGAUGUGCAAAGUAGACUCUCAUGUCUUUUUUUAAUGGCCACACUGAGAUAUAAUUUACAAACUAUACAAUUCACCAUUUAAAGUAUACAAUUCAAUGGUAUUUAGUAUUUUUACAGAAUUGUACAAGCAUCACCACAGUCAAGUUUUAGAACAUUUUUGUCACCCAAAAGAGAAACAAACCUUGUGUCCAUUAGCAGUAAUUCCCCACUCCCCCCACAUGCCCAGUUUUAGGUAACCACUAAUCUACUUUGUCUCUAUAGAUUUGCCUGUUGUGGAUAUUUGAUAUAAAUGGGAUCAUACAAUAUGUUGUCUUUUGCAACUGGCUUUCACUUAGCAUAAUGUUUUCAAGGUUCAUCUAUUUCGUAGAAUGUAUCAUAUCUCAUUCCUUUCUAUGGCAGAAUUUUAUUACAUUGGAUGGAUAUACCAUAUUUUGU